UGUUUGUACCAAUUUUUUGCGUAAAAUGAAGGCAGUCCAUUCGCGUUAGCCGAAAGGAUAAGAGCAUAAAUUUCAAAACAUCAGUCCGCUUUCUGCUUGUUUCCAAAGAAAUCCGAUCUCGAAACUCUUAUCAUCUGCCCAGGAAAACAGCAGAAUACCCGAAACAGGACUUUGACUGUGAAGGAAUUCUGGAUGUCCGGCAUGGAAAGACUACAACGAAUGUUCGCCAGCGCCGGCGGCGCUCUUGGCCACCCGCCGCCGGACUCUCCAACCCUAGAUACCUCCGAACAAGUCUACAUCUCGUCACUCGCUCUAUUAAAAAUGCUCAAACACGGGAGGGCGGGAGUGCCGAUGGAAGUGAUGGGGCUGAUGCUGGGGGAAUUCGUGGACGAGUACACUGUGCGCGUGGUGGACGUUUUUGCGAUGCCGCAGAGUGGGACAGGGGUUAGUGUGGAAGCUGUGGAUCAUGUUUUCCAGACCAAUAUGCUCGACAUGCUUAAGCAAACUGGCAGACCUGAGAUGGUGGUUGGUUGGUAUCAUUCCCAUCCUGGUUUUGGAUGUUGGCUUUCUGGUGUUGACAUCAAUACUCAGCAGAGUUUUGAAGCUUUGAAUCAAAGAGCAGUUGCAGUGGUGGUGGAUCCGAUUCAGAGUGUUAAAGGGAAGGUGGUAAUUGAUGCCUUUCGUCUGAUUAAUCCCCAAACCAUGAUGCUUGGCCAAGAACCACGCCAGACAACAUCCAACCUGGGGCACCUCAAUAAGCCAUCUAUCCAAGCAUUAAUUCAUGGUUUGAACAGGCAUUAUUACUCCAUAGCCAUAAAUUAUAGGAAGAAUGAGCUUGAAGAGAAGAUGCUUCUAAAUCUUCACAAAAAGAAAUGGACGGAUGGAUUGACCCUGCAGCGGUUUGAUGACCAUUCAAAAACAAAUGAGCAGACAGUUCAGGAGAUGUUAAAUCUAGCUAUCAAAUACAAUAAAGCAGUUCAGGAGGAGGAUGAAUUGCCCCCAGAGAAGUUAGCUAUUGCUAACGUGGGAAGGCAAGACGCGAAGAAGCACCUCGAGGAGCAUGUCUCAAACUUGAUGUCUUCUAACAUUAUUCAGACACUGGGAACGAUGCUAGACACAGUCGUCUUCUAGAGUCGAUAAACUCAACUUCUCGAGGUUGGUUAAACUAAAUUUGAUGUAUGGUUUGCUUUUUCUUGGAUCCGAUCAACACUUUUCAAGUACUGUGAGAGUGCAGCUAUCUCAUAUAUUAUUCUGUUUCUAAUUUCUCUCGUCUUCCUCAAGUAUUUCUGUAGCAUCGAUUGUGUUCCUAUGCAAUUCAUUACUAAGAUCAGUACUUUAAUCGCAUUGUUAUGACUGCAUUGCUUGGAUUGUUGUGGGUCAAUUGUGUUAUCCAUUAGCAUUUAUUC